CACGUGUACACAAAAAAAAUUUGUCGGACUAUCCGUUGUGGGUGGAAGGCGACUGUCAAAACACUUUGCCAACGUGUCUGGUUCUCAAGAACCAGCUUACCCUGGUCGUACUUUUUGUGACGUUAUUGUGUUAGAUUUUAAAUGGAUCCUAAAAAGCUAUGGUAGAAUAUAGCAAAGCUACUGUUACCGAACCAGGCUUCGAGACAUCCGACAGAAUGCAAGACUGGAGACAAGCUAUCCAAAUUCCGACUGCUUAUCGCAUCGGAAAUAGUACAGUUCGACUCCAGUAUCAAUUUGUUAUGGGAGUUUUGGCAGUUGGUGUUAUAGCCCUGGUCAUGUUUUACAAUUCGUUUUCUCACAACAAACCUCAUAGCACAUACAUGCUUGAGAAGCGUAUUCCUCCCAGUUAUGACAGUGAUCAUUUUCACAACCAUAACUUACCUGAGCCUAGAUCAAACAGCUACAACUCAACUUAUCCCCUAUCCACUCCUGUACGAACUGAAAAAGGUGUAAGAUACAAAAUCGCAAUCAUAUCUGAUUUGGAUAUGAAUUCAAAGAAAGAUGAUGAAUGGAUUAGUUAUUUAAAAACAGGUUCACUCUUUGUUGAUGUAGAAAACAAUAAAGUGUCUCUGGAAUGGGACAAAGAUGAGCUUAUAACACUUAAAUCUUCUCUUGCUCAAGGAGGAAGAGGGAUGGAAUUGUCAGAAUUAGUAGUCUUUAAUGGUGCACUUCUGGGUUUUGAUGAUAGAACCGGAACCAUUUACCAAAUAGAUGUUGCCUCCAAAUUCGCAUUUCCAUGGGUACUUUUGGUCGAUGGACAUGGACGUGUGGCGAAAGGAUUCAAGAGUGAAUGGGCGACUGUAAAAGAUCAAACAUUGUACGUCGGCGGUCUGGGUAAAGCCUGGACAACACCGACAGGUGAAUUGGUCAAUUACCACCCCCAGUACAUAAAAAAAAUCAGUCCGACAGGUGAGGUAUCUCACAUCGAUUGGCAUACGCGCUACGAAAAACUGGCAAAAGCAGUAGACAUUUCAUUCCCGGGCUACAUAAUUCACGAAUCGGCGUCGUGGAGUUCUGUUCACAGGCGAUGGUUCUUCCUACCUCGUCGCGAGAGUAAAGAUCGUUAUGACGAGAAGUUGGAUGAAUCACGAGGAACGAAUCUGAUGCUCACUGCUGACGAGGAGUUUGGCGACAUCAAGGCUAAAAGGAUCGGUGACAUCAGCCCAACUCACGGCUUUUCAAGCUUCAAAUUUGUGCCCAAUACCCACGACAAGUUGAUCGUGGCUCUGAAAUCAGAAGAGAACCAAGGUAAAACAGCCUCAUACAUCAUGGCCUUUGACAUUGAUGGUACGAUCCUCUUACCGGAAACUAAAAUUGACGGCGAUUUCAAAUUUGAGGGUAUCGAGUUUAUUUAAUUUUCGACUGCACAGUUUUUCUUCGAUUAUGUUUUCACUCAUCCGAGUCAUUUUUUUGACGGCCUUUGUUCAAUUGUUUUUAUCGACAUCCUUCCCUUUGUCCUGCCUGAGGUCACUGAUUUGACUAGCGUGCAACGUGUCUCUACAUCUCUCUUGCCUUUUUUUUCGUUAUUGUUUUUCUUCAUUUCCUAGGAUGAAAUCAAGUGUAAGAUAUUGUAAAAUGGAAUACACGCCAAAUUAACA